UCCCGGGCUAAGAAGAGCGCGAUACAGCGGAGAGAAAGAUAGGAAGGAACGGCGGCGAGCGCGGAAGUGUGCCGGCCGUCGAGCUGCUUACCGAAAGGGGUGCGAAAAAGCGGGCAAGCUGCGCCGGAAGGGGGUAGCCCGGGCUUCUCGCGAAGGCCUCAAAAUUUCGGACGCGACGGCGGCCCUGGACCUACGUGCCCAGACGCAAACCCAACCCGACUUUGGCUUGGACCACCACCAACAGCAGAAUCACCAUCAACACCAACAGCAGCAGCAGCAGCAACAACAACAGCAGCAGCAGCACCAGCAGCACCAGCAGCAGCAACAUCAGCAGCAGCAGGGCCAAAAUCCAGAUUCGCGACCACACCAUCACCUUCAGCAGCAUCAUCAUCAUCAGCAUCAUCCCGGAAAUCAUCUCCACUCUGGCGAUUCGGGGGGUGGGAUAGGAGGUGGAGGAGGUGGCGGUGGAGCCGGUGGAGGUGGCGGUGGCGGAAGUGGCGGCGGUGGAAGUGGCGGUGGUGUUGCUGGUGUUGGUGGAGGAGGGUCGGCCGGGCCCGAGGUUGACAGAUCCGUCAGGAUCCACGACGAGGACGACGAGGACAUCACCGAGAGGGAGGACGAGGAGGAAGACGAGGAUCCUUGCAGCUCGCCCGAACCGGACCUCGAAAACGAGCCGGAGCCCAUGGAGGUCCAAGCCUCGGCCGUCACAGCGGCGGCCGCGAAUCUUCACGCGCUGCGACAGCAUGUUUUCAAAAUGUCCGACUACUGGCAACAACCGCAGCGGGGUCCGCCUCAGCAUUCGCCGGGCAUACAGCACAGCCCUAUCUCCAACUCGACUCAACAGCAAGUGCAACAGAUGCACAGCCCUCUUGGUCAGCAGCAGCAGCAGCAGCAGCAGCAACAACAACAGCAGCAGCAGCAGCAGCAACAACAACAACAGAACGUCUCGCAGGUGCAGCAGACCGCUAACGCGGCAUUAGGACAGACCGCCAGUCCGCAACAGCAGAUGCAGCAACAACAACAGCACGCGAUGUCCAUGGGCCAACAAACGGCUCAAGGAGCGCAGCAUCAGUCUUCGCCGGCACCGACGACGCCCUCGCCGCAGGCCGACCAUCAGGGCGCCAUCACGUCCAGCAUGGCCCAGAGUCUUCACAGUCUCGCACAAGCACAACAAAGCAUGUCCCAAGCCUCGAGUCCGUCGUUGGCCGUUCAAGCGGUCCAGGCGGCUCAGGCUCUCAAUCAGAACCUGGGGCAGGCGUUGACUCAAGCCUUGACGCAGAACAUGCAACAGAACCUAGGGCAAACUCUGCAGCACAAUCUCGCGCAAAGUCUGACCCCGAGUCUGUCUCCCCAACAGCAGCAACAGUUGCUCAAUCAGCCGCAGAACUUAAGCCAGGCCAGCCAGAACCUGCAACAAAAUAUCCAAAGUCAGGCGCAGAAUUUGUCGCAAACGUUGCAGCAACAGGCGCAGAAUUUGACCCAGAACCUCGGCCAGAGCUUGAGUCAACAGGCGCUGCAACAACAGGCAGCGCAAAACCUUACGCAGAAUUUGCAACAACAGGCUCAAAAUUUGACGCAGAACCUGCAACAGCAGGCGCUCAACAUGGCGGGCAGCAUCGCUCAGAACGGAGCGCUCGCCGGGAUGAACAUGUCGGCCAACCAACAACAGAACUCCCAGAACUCGAUGCUAAGUCCGGGCGCGACCAGCCAAGACUCCCACGAUGCCAGCCUGACUGAAAAGCUUGUCAACGAGCUGCAGUCUCGUGCCUCUGCGGCGGGACUUGGAGGUGCGGGAGGCGCCGGCGGAGGCGGAGGAAUGGGCAACAUCAGCGAACGCACCCUCGAGGAAUGCUGGUCCACCCUGCAACGAUUCUUCUCGCAGAUCUUCAUGCACAAGAGCGCGAUGCAGAUGCACGCGAGGGAGCUCGGCGCGGCGGGUGCACUGACGGGGAGAGCUGGCGGCGGCGUGGCGGGCGGACUGGCAGGCCUGGGUCCGAUCGGCGUCGGGCCGGGCGGCAUGAUCGCCGGCAACGAGGUAAAGCCACACCAGUGCCAGCAAUGCCUCAAGUCAUUCUCCAGCAACCACCAGCUCGUACAGCACAUCAGGGUCCAUACUGGCGAGAAACCGUACAAAUGCAGCUAUUGCGACCGCAGGUUCAAGCAGCUCAGUCAUGUACAGCAACAUACCCGCCUGCAUACGGGUGAACGUCCGUACAAGUGCCAUCUACCGGAUUGCGGGCGGGCAUUCAUUCAAUUAUCGAAUUUGCAGCAACACCUUCGAAAUCACGACGCUCAGGUGGAACGGGCGAAGAACCGGCCGUUCCAUUGCAACAUCUGCGGCAAAGGCUUCGCCACAGAAUCCAGCCUUCGUACCCACACGUCGAAGUGUUCCAAGUACCCAUGGCAACGAUUAAAGGAGUUGCAACAGCGUGUUGUGUUCCAGCAACACGCCGCCCUGAUCGGCGGCCCGAACGCAACCAGCUGUCCCGUCUGCCACAAACUCUUCCUCGGUGGCGAAGCUCUCAUGGAGCACAUGAAGCACACCCACAAGGAUCCGAAUGCCUCCGGCGUUGCCAUUCCCUCCGCUGACUGCACAACCUCCGUUGCCGGGGUUUACCUAGCGAAGCGACGGACCGCCAACCACCCGUGUCCAGUGUGCGGAAAACACUACGUCAACGAGGGUAGUCUUAGGAAACACUUGGCCUGCCAUCCUGAGACCAGUCAACUUAGCACAAGCCUCAGGAUGUGGCCGUGCUCGGUGUGCCAAGCCGUCUUCACUCACGAGAGCGGUUUGUUGAGUCACAUGGAGCACAUGAGGAUGGACCCCAAGCAUCAGUUUGCGGCGCAAUACGUUUUAAGUCGCGCCGCCGCCGAGAGGCGGGAGAGAGAAAUCCUUGCGUCUUCGAGUCUAGGUGCGGGAUUGGGUGUUUUGGGAAGCCAAACAGGCGGACCACAAAAUUUGCAACAACCGCCGAUGUGCCCUUCGCCGUCGGCUCAUUCGGACAGCAGCAGUGGAAACGGAAGAUUGUCGUCGGCCGGUAGUGAACCUGGUACCGGUCUGCUCAACAACAACAACAAUAACAACAACAACAAUAUGGCGUCGCCGGGGCCGAGUGGCAACAAGCUGAGCGAGAUGCUACGUGCUGGAAGUCAACCAGGCUCCGCGCAACAAUACCACGACGAGAUGCAGUCGCAACAACAACGUAUGGCAGUGAUGGCCGCCGCUGUGUCAGCGGGUUUACAAAAUUCAGUGUCGCCGAAUCUGUCGCCGGUGGACAUGGCGUCCCUGGCGGCGGCAAUGAGGAUGGGAAACAACGGUGACAUGAGCGGUGGUGCGCAAGGAUCAACGGGACCGCAACAACAGGGAGUUCAAGCAACCGGACCAGAACAGACUCUGAGAAUGCACCAGGCGGAAGCCUUACUGCGUUCUCAAGCCGAAGCCGCGCUCAGGCUGGCUGUGUCGCAAGCGGCAGCGGCGGCAGCCAGUUCCGCGGUUGGCGGUGACGUGAGGCAUCACUUGGGACAGCAUAACGGAGGCAGCACCUCUGGCAUGCCUGGACAUCACACGAACCAGCAGAUGUCUCAACAAGAUACCUUACCGCCUGACCUCGGGGAAGCGCUGCGGUUACAAGAACAGCGAUUAGAACAGGCCCUGAGGCUUCACGGUGAUCCUCGAGCCCUAAGUUUCACUCUCCAGCACGUCGUCAAUCAACAGAACAAUCAGCAACCAUGAAAAUUCAGUUACUACUGAGACGAGUGGACCCCUUGGACGUCGGAUCAGACGGGCCUGCAGCAAGUUGAGAGACUCAAUCAGCAACCUCUUCAAGGCGCUGAACGUUCAAUAACUCUCAACGAGCAACAACAACAAGGUUCGUCUGGCAUCGGUCUUCAGCAGCAACAACAACAUCAACAGCAGCAGCAACAGCAACAUCAGCAGCAGCAGCAGCAUCACCACCACCACCACCAGCAGCAGCAGCAGCAGCAGCAGCAUCAUCACCACCACCACCAAUCGCAGCAACAGCAACACCAACAACAACAACAACAGCAGCAGCAUCCUGAAGAUCGUGGUAUCAAGAGGAAGGCCGACGAUAUGAUCGGUAACUCUGACAACGUGUAAAGAGAACGACGUACACGGACGAUGAACAGUGCGAACCGUUUAUCGUCUUCUACGUCGAUUCUAACACAUAGAAGGCGUCCAAGUGAGGUCAUCCGCGAAAUUACUCCUGUCUCAGCAGUAGAAACGAAUUAUUCCAGUAAAUUAACUAAUUAUCAAGAGUCUGAAAAAGAACGAUUAUUUUUCAGAUUCUCGAGAAAAUAUCCUAUUUUCACUGGGUUAACGCGCGACGAUUCCAAGAGAUCGUCGUGGUCGAGCCAAUCGUGAAACUCUUCUCUUCGAGAGAACGAAGAAGGAGGGCAGGAUAUAACGGUCAUACGUAUCUAGAAAUCCGUUGGACGGUGCGUGAGGAGAACAGCGGUGGCAAUGAUCUUCUAGCGGCACGCGAAAUUCUUCGCGUGGAUCACGUUGUUCCUACUCGAGUCCUGGAUCUGGAGUUCCUAGAACGACGACGCUCGCCGAACGAGAGGGCCGUCGCUCGUCGGAGGACGGCUCGCCGGUUUUCUCUUUCGAGCGAUAUUGCUUGUUUCGUUGAGUCGCUCUGACAGAAUUCUCAGGACGCAUUGUUACAACCGCUGUUCCACAUCGCCCCUGAAACGUGCCAUAAUAUAUCGAAACGAAACUGCUAACCAACGCGCGCCUUGUCGUCCCUCGAGUCGAGUCAAGAGAUGACUUCAGGUUGCGUACAGUACUAUGGUUUUUUUUAGUACAAGAGCCAAACGUAGACUCGGGCAAGCUGGAUAGGUGAGACAAGCAAAAUCGUCCUCGUUCCAGCGGCCGGUCUAGGCUCAACAAACUAAACUAUAUAUAUACAUAUAUACAUACCUAGAAACCAGUUUAAGGUACCCUUAAUCUUAGCUCCCGUAACGUUUAAGCGAGAAACAACGCGUCUUGAUAUGUGCGUAAACGCGGCCAGGUGGAUCAGCUAAUCCUCGUACGUUCGUUGGUUAAAUACGCGUACACGUUAUAUCCCCUUCCCGUUUAUCGGACAAACGCGCAACAAAUUAGAAAAACGGACGGUCUGAUCCGCGAAAUCGUGCGGCGCGACGCGGCACGACGAGAGGUGCUCGUCGUCGCCCGUCGACUACGUUAGUGAUACACGAGUACACAGAGAGAAACGAACACGAAAACUUGUUACACAGAAACACUAAACACCAACACACCUAAUAUACACGCGAAAUAAAAAUCUACUACACGUAAGAAUAUAAAAAUGCGCGCAACUUGUGCUGGUCGGCAGCACGAAAACUAUUAGCUCGUAAGCGAACAAACAAAAUAUAAUUAUUACAAACA